CCACCCCCACCCCCGCCCCCUUCCCAGUUUCAUUCUUGUUCUUAGCUUGUGUGAAACCGCGUCACUUCAAUUCAAUUCAAUUCAACUCAAUUCUAUUCUAUUCUAUUCUAUUCUAGCUUGCAUCGGGGGGCUGCCCACCUCCAUUUUCGUUUAAUUUGAUUUUGAUUUUGAUUUUGCAGUCUUCAAAGACUUGUUCCUUUCUCCAUCUCCAAUUCCAACUACCCCUUUUCUUGACCACCUAAUUCCAUUUGGGCUUCCUUCCAUCCACCUGGAGGAGGAGGAGGAGGAGCUUUGGCUGCUCACAAUCAGAUAUUGAGCUCCGACUGAUGAAUUAAUUAUUAUUGGACUUCGAUUAUGAUCGAUCGUGUUUUUUGAGGUUUGCCCAUUUCUAGGCUAGGGUUCUUACAAGAUUGCCUGCUUUAAUUCGUUCCUUCUUACCUGCUGUUGUUGGAUUUGAUUUUCCCCCAAUUUCUAGGGUUUUUUUUUUUUUUUUUCCUGUGCUGUGCUCAUGGUUCCCAAGUGUUUCCUCGCCGUCGGAUUGAUUUGGCUGGUCUUCCACGGCGUGUUUGCAGCUGGAAAUGGCUUUAGGAAUUUCACCUCCAUGAAUUCCGCCCAGUCUCUGCUCUCCGCCGUCGAUUUGCGCAGCUUCAACGCCGCCGCCGCGGUUUCGUCCAUGGAUUCCGACUGCGGCAUUCCGGCGCCGGCCGCGAAAUCGACGGUCGUUUUGAAUUUGAAGCACCGCCCCCACUCUUCCUCCAAGCAAAUCCGGCCGUCCGAUUGCGUGGUCGAAUCGACGGCCAAGGAUCUGACACGUAUUCACACGCUACACGCUAGGAUCAUUGAGAAGAAGAAUCAGAACAUCACUUCUCGGCUCAACCAAACCUCCCCGCCGUCGCCGUCUCCGUCGCCGGAGACAUUCUCCGGCCAGCUGAUGGCCACUCUGGAAUCCGGCAUCACCCACGGCUCCGGCGAGUACUUCAUGGACGCCUUCAUCGGCAACCCUCCGAAGCAUUUCUCGCUGAUCCUUGACACCGGCAGCGACCUGAAUUGGAUUCAAUGCGCGCCGUGUUACGACUGUUUCGAACAAAACGGACCUCAUUACGACCCGCGCGAAUCGAAUUCCUACCGGAACAUAAGCUGCGACGAUCCCCGCUGCCACCUAGUCUCGUCGCCCGACCCUCCGCACGAAUGCCGCUCCAAAAACCAGUCUUGCCCCUACUACUACUGGUACGGCGACAGCUCGAACACCACUGGCGAUUUUGCGCUCGAGACGUUCACGGUGAAUCUGACCUCCCCCGACGGGACGUCCCGCACCACCGAAGUCAAGAACGUCAUGUUCGGCUGCGGCCAUUGGAACCGCGGCCUGUUUCACGGUGCGGCGGGGCUGUUAGGCCUCGGCCGGGGCCCGCUCUCGUUCGCGUCGCAGCUGCAGUCGUUGUACGGCCACUCGUUCUCGUACUGCCUCGUUGAUCGAAACAGCAACGCGAGCGUGAGUAGCAAGUUGAUCUUCGGCGAAGACGAGGGCCUGUCGAAGCAUCCCGAGCUCAAUUUCACGGCGCUCGUCGCCGGGAAGGAGAAUCCCGUCGACACAUUCUACUACGUGCAAAUAAAAUCGAUCGUCGUCGGCGGGGAAGCGCUGAGCAUUCCGGAGGAAACGUGGAGUCUGACGCCCGAUGGCGGCGGCGGCACGAUCGUCGACUCGGGAACGACGCUGAGUUAUUUUGCCGAUCCGGCGUAUAAAAUUAUUAAGGAGGCGUUUGCCGGGAGAACAAAGGGUUAUCCCGUCGUUAAGGACUUCCCGGUGUUGGAGCCGUGUUAUAAUGUGUCGGGAGUCGAGAAUCCCGUGUUCCCCGAGUUUGCGAUCACGUUUAGCGACGGGGCGGUGUGGAAUUUCCCGGUCGAGAACUACUUCAUCCGGCUCGACCCCGACGACGUCGUUUGCUUGGCUAUGCUCGGCACGCCUCGCUCGGCAUUGUCGAUCAUUGGGAACUACCAACAACAAAAUUUCCACAUUGUGUACGACACAAAGGAGUCCAGGUUGGGGUUUGCUCCUAGAAAAUGUGCCGACAUUUGAGACGGCAUUCGGGCCGGGCCGGGCUGGGCCGGUUUAGUCCGGCCUGCUUGGACAAUUUGAAAAAGUAUUGUAUAGAUUUGGUGGACGGAGGGAAAUUGUAAACAUGUCGGGAUAAUGUGGAUCGAAAAUUUAUUUGAUAAUAGAUUUUUUUUUUUUUUUUUUUUUUUUGGUUUAGAAAAGAGAGGGAGAGAGCCAUCGUAUACGAAUUUCGAAUUGUUGUUUGGCUUAAUGUAGUCUUAUAGACUUAUACCGAUGAAAUUAUACAAAUUUAUGAUUUUCUUUUC